CAGAUAAAUUCCGUUUCAGCUUUAAGAACUCAAGUUUUUCUUCUGCCAUCACACAAUUAGAUUUCAACUACAGAGCAGGAAAAAAAAUCAAUCAUGAUUAGGAAUCCAGAUUUUGACACAUUUGUUUGCUGUGCUGUUUGUUCCAAGCUAAUUCCACCACCUCCUUCACCAGAGACCUUUGCGCGGAUCAGGGAAUAUAAGCCUUAUAAAACUCGAUACUAUACACACAAAGAUAUACUGGAACUUGGUGCUGACAUUAAGCAAGAAGAAGCAGACAGAAGAGAAUUAGAAAUAGAGAAAAGAAUUGAAAAAGUGCGGAUGAAACUACUGCUUCAGGCUGAGACUGAAAAAGAGGAUGCAGUGGAAGAUGCCCUCAAUCGUGCUGAUUCCCUCCAUAAGAAAGAUCUUGAAGAACUUAGAAAGAAAGAUGAAGAAGUACUAAAAGAAACUGUGAAAAAUACAAGGAUAGAAAUGCUGCAGCACUUAGAACUGGAGCUGAAGAGAGAAUCGGAAGCCGCUGAGCAGCGCAUGACACACAAACUUCAACGGAUUGUUCUGGAGCUCAGUCGGGAGAAGACGGCAGCUAUAGCAGCAGUGAGACAGGAAGAGAGAGAGAAAAUAGCUGAAUUCCUUACCAAGCAAGAAAAGAGGUAUUUGGAACAAAUCCAGCAUGCUGGCCAGCUUGCUCAUGAAAUUUAUCAGAAGAACUUGCAACAGCUAGCCUGGGAGAAAAAACAUGAAAUGGAGGUUGCCCUUACAAUUUCCCAAAUAGAGUUUCAGGAAGAAACCGAAAAACUGCUCAAAGUGGCAGAUGCUACUCGUGAAACUCAACUUGAAGAAGUAAUAAGCACAGUGAACAGGAAAGACAGUGAGAUCCUGUCUCUUAGCCAGCAGGUGAAACACAUGACAGCCUGGAAAGAUAGCCUGGAAGCUGAAAUAUUAGAAACAAGGGAAGCAUUUCAGAAAUACAUCGACCUCACCUUUCCUCAGCUCGCUCCGGGCCAAGCAGAUUUUAUCUUACCAUUCAGAAAAGUAUCUCCAUUCACAGAUUAUGGUCCUGGAGAAUACUCCCAGUGACCAUGAGGAGAGUGCUAUGGGGAUUUAUCCAUUUGCUGCAAACAUCCAAACUUACAGUAAGGAAGUGCUUCAGUGCUGCAGGAAAAAAAUAAACCAGUCUUCCUUUGCUACACUUUAUGUCUGUAUAUGUAACUUUGU